GAUUCACGCCCUCGCACUGCUUCGCAGCAUGUCAACAUAUGCCCUGGUACCAGACGACAUAAGCGUGAACUCGGCCAUCACCGCCUGCGAGAAGGCGGCGGAGUGGAAGGUUGCUUUGGAGCUGCUACACCUAGCUGAGACGCGAGACACGAUUGGCUUCUCCUCCACGAUGGCCGCCUGUGGAAGGGCCUUCGCAUGGCGCUGGUCACUUCACCUGCUGGACGAAAUGCCAAGAGCCACAGCAAAGCCCAGCCUCGUCAGCUACAACUCGGCGUUGCAGGCCUGCGAGCAGGGAGGUCAGUGGCAACAUGCCCUCUGCCUGCUGGAGGUGAUGGCAAGAAGCAGCAGCGAUCCAGACAUUACCAGCUUCAUCGCCCUCCUCUCAGUCCUU